CACCCUAAAGAGAAGAAGAUUAGUCAGAGAAUGAUAUUUUUUACUUAUACUUAUUCACCAUAACUUCUACAAGCAGACAGAAUCAACAGAUCUAGAGUUGUAAGAACAAGAGACGAUGACCACGUACAAGCUAUUUUUGAGAGCGAUAAGCAAGAGAAGCACAUGGGUCUGUCUCUUUCUUGUAGUCUACGCGACCCUCUUGUCUUCUUCGUGGAACUGGCUGAAUUCGAUUGUUGACUGGUACGGAGAGAACCACAAUACGUCAUCAUCUGGUUGGCCUGCGGUUUACGCUUCGGUGCUUCUUGGAGCGGUGUUCGGAGUUCUGUCCAUGGCUGCGGCGCUGUUCAUAGCCGUGCCGGCCAUCGUUGUGAUAUGGAUAUCAGUGGUGGUGACGAUGGCGUUCGCUGGGAAAUCGAGGAGGAGCGUGGUGGUUGAAGGGAGGAUAGUGACGAAAGAGAUCGCUGGGUUUGUGUUUAAGGUUCUACUUAAAGAAGGAAACUUUGUGGCUCUCCUUUGUGCUCUCCUUGCUUACUUCGUCUUCUUCAACUCUUACUCUUCCUCAACUUAGCCAAUUUGUCAUAUAAACAUUUUUUACAAGUAAUUAUCAAAAUUUCUUCUGAUUCAUUGUUCUCAGAUAAAAAAAAAAAAUUGUAUUAUUGUUCCUAGUUUAACAAGAUUUUGGUUGAAUCUGCAAAGCGAUCUUGUUUGUUGGAUGGAUGUAUUUUCUGACGUUAGAAUGAAUGCUACACGUCAUUAUACCAACACGUGAAAUUAUUGUCUGUUUUGUUUUUGUUAUUUCUGUGAGAAGCACAGAUUCAUGUACUUUUUGUCGGUCACUCUGUCUUUAUUUUUAGAACCCAUUGAGAGCUUACUGUUUUAGCACUAUAGCCCAUUAUUAAAUUAAUGGAAAAAUAGUUACUGUAUCACCUAAAUGAAAA